AUGAGACCUGGGUCCUCUACGACAACGACGCCCGCCGUGCCGCUUAGAUCCCGCGCGGAGAAGAGCCGCCGACAACGUCGCCCGCCGUGCCGUCUGGAUCCCGCGCGACGAAGAGCCGCCGAAAACGUCGAAAGCCGACCUGCUCCCACUGAAGAUCAUGCUCUGCUGCUGGUGGACGCCAAGGGCAUGCUGUACUUCGAGCUGCUCCCGCAAGGCAGGACGGUCGCCGCCUCCAUCUUCACCGAUCAGCUCGAGGAACUAGCCGCCGCCAUCUGA